UGUAUUCAUCUAUAUAAGAUGUAUAUCAUUAGAAAGAUUCUACUUCAAUGAAAAAGAUACCAAUCUAAAAUAUUGUGAUCAAAAGCAUAAUGAAGAUCACUAGAGAUGAAAUUAUGGAGGAGAACAUUUCCGAGUCGAUCCCACAACACGAAAAUCACAACCGGAAAGUGGUGAAAAUGGUGUACAAGGCAUUAUUACACGGCGACGAGACGGAGAAGUUAGGGAAGGUGGUAGGAAAAGAAUUGGAAUGGAGGUACCAUGGACCUCCACAUUGCCAACACAUGAUGAAAAAGUUGACCGGUGAGUCAACGCAAAAUAGUUUCAAAUUUAGACCAAGGAGAAUGAGGAGCGUUAUGGGUGACCGUUGGAUUGUUGAAGGAUGGGAAGAUGUGGGGGAGUAUUGGGUGCAUGUGUGGAGUGUCAAGGACGGGAUUAUUACUCAGCUACGUGAGUAUUUCAACACUUUGCUCACCGUUGUUUCUGAGGAUGGAAAUGAGGUUAGGCUUUGGAGGAGUACUCCUUGGGCUCGGGUUCAAGGCUCUUUGCCAGAUCUUGUGCUUUCUAUAUGAAUCAAUCAUACGUGAUGUAUCCCUAAUAAAAUAAUAACUUUCAAUUUUGAUGAGUA